UCCCGCUCCGCCUGCCGCGAAUGGCCUCUUGAGGAGCCCCAACCCCGCCCCCCCUCCAGUCUCGGCUGGACUUUGUAGGAAAAUCUGAGGGAGUAGGAAGGAAGGAAGGAAAGAAGGAAGGAGAGAGAGAGAGAGAGCCCCGGUCGCCCUGCCGGUCUGCGAUGACUGAAACGGAGGCGGGGGGCAGUUAUGGAAGCUGAGCCAAGCCGCUUCUCUUGCUCCUGAUUGGGAUCGGUGGCUUUCCGGCGCCUGCAGAAAGGACCAGCCCCGCUGGAAAUAGGCGCGGGAUCUCCUCCUCUUCGCAGGGUGUGCCUGUCUUAAGCGACGUCCAUGAAGCUGGGUUAAUGUUGAAGCUGAAGAGCCCGUACCCAGAGCAAGGGGGAUUCGCUUCCCUGGCCCACGUGCCCUCUUUCCAGCUGGAGCACAGCUACCCACAGCACAUGGAUGGCAAUGGGAGCUUGAAUGGAAGUGGGGGUGGGCAGAAAGAGGGCCUUCAUUACCCCUUGCCCACUACCUUAGCCCUCAUCUUCCUGGCCACCCUGCUCAUGAUCUUCACCAUCUUUGGCAACGUAUUGGUCAUCAUUGCUGUCUUCACCAGCCGGAUGCUGAAGGCGCCUCAGAACCUCUUUUUGGUUUCCUUGGCCUCAGCAGACAUCCUGGUGGCCACCUUGGUCAUUCCCUUUUCUCUUGCCAAUGAACUGAUGCCCCAGUGGUAUUUUGGCAAGGUGUGGUGUGAGAUCUACCUGGCUUUGGAUGUACUUUUCUGCACCUCUUCCAUUGUGCAUCUCUGUGCCAUCAGCUUGGAUCGCUACUGGUCCAUUACCCAGGCCAUUGAGUACAACCUCAAGCGCACACCACGCCGCAUCAAAAGCAUCAUCUUCCUGGUUUGGGUCAUCUCAGCGGUCAUCUCUUUCCCACCGCUUAUCUCCAAUAUGAAGCAGGGUGAACCCGAGAAGCAGCUCCACGAACAAACAGAAUCGAAACCUGAUAACAAGUCACUCAGCUGCAGUAUCAGUAAGGAGACCUGGUACAUCAUCUGUUCCAGCAUUGGUUCCUUCUUUGCCCCUUGCCUUAUCAUGAUCCUGGUCUAUAUCCGUAUCUACCAGAUUGCGAAAAGAAGGUCUCGAGUGCCUCUCAACAAGCAAGGGGAGACUGGUGAGAGGAGACAAAAUGGCCUGGAUAACAAAGACGAUAUGCCUGCGAUAACCAAGCUCAAUGGCGGGAAGACAGCGUUGGCAGGAGGAAGCCAGGAAGCAGAAGUCAAUGGUAUAGACAUGGAGGACACAUCUUCUUCAGAGCACAACGACACUCCUCAGCCUAGGAAAGCAGAAAGGCUCCCCAGAAGUAAGGGCAAAACCAAACUCUGCCAGAUUAAGCCUGGGGACCAUUUGCCUAAUCAAGUAGAAGAGGAUAGGAACGCCAAAGCUUCACGAUGGAGGGGUAGACAGAACCGAGAAAAGCGCUUCACCUUCGUACUCGCAGUAGUGAUUGGAGUUUUUGUUGUCUGCUGGUUUCCUUUCUUCUUCACUUACACAUUGACUGCUGUUUGUAAGAGCUGCGAGGUUCCUGAUACCCUCUUCAAGUUCUUCUUCUGGUUUGGUUAUUGCAAUAGUUCCCUGAAUCCUGUCAUCUAUACUAUCUUCAACCAUGACUUUAGGAGGUCCUUUAAAAAAAUUCUCUGCAGAAUAGACCGGAAAAGAAUUGGGUGAAGCGGGGAUCUGUUGAAAGGCAAGUCUUAGGUUCAGCUCUGACAGGAUAUUGGAAGUGGGUGGCACCUUGUCUGAUUACUAAGCAUUGACUCUUCAAAGGCUUCAGGUGAGAUAAAACAAUUAAAAUAUUAGUGCACAACCAGAACCCAACAGGAUGGGUGCCCAGGGAUGGAUCAAAAGUCUUAUUUUAGUGUGUUCUUUCUAUGUAUUUCAGCACAUUGAACAAAUGAGGCUGGGAAAGGAAAAUGUAAGUCAUAUCUUUCAGAAGCACUUUCUUUCUAUUUUCCAUCUAAGAUCCCUGACAUUAUGAUAUUGCAUCUUUGAGAUUUGUGCAUCUUUAACUUUUAUAGGAAAAUUAGCUUUAAACUGUUUUAAAUAUUUCUUGAGGACAUGCAUUCUCUAUGAAAAGCAAAAGAAAGAUACACAUUUGAGUGGACCCCUGCUGCCAUCUCAUCGAUUUCAAAUAUUAUAAUAUUAUAAUAUUCCAAAAUUUCCAAUAUGGUUCUGGAUGUUGAGAUAUAACAACUGGUAAUAUAAGCUUUGACACAAUGGCCAGUGUUUUAUUGUAUUCACUAUCUGUAUUUGUUUUUUAAAAAAAUCAUGUUUGUCUUGUCUUUUUAAAAUGCAGUAUUGUUAAAAAGCUGUAUCUCUUAUUCUGUACCAAUUUAAAGAAUCAAAUAUGAAGGAUUUCAUACUUAGAAAAGGAACUGUCAAAAAGCUGAGCUUUCUAAGGCCUCAGAGAUAUAAGAUAAAGUAUUCUUUCUUUGUGAUCCUUUCAUUGAGAUAUGUUCAGUACAACUUACUUCUUUCUCUAGUUGUAAAUAGAUACUGUAGAUGAAAUUCUCUGUUUACUUUACAAUGCUCUUUGAUUCACACUGAUUUUUUUACAUUUUCAUUUGUGCUAGCUCUCCUGUACAAAAACAUAUUUUCAUGUACUUCAUUUCUUCCUUUUUACCUAAUAUGAAACUAUACAAAUCAUUUCUUCCAACUGCAAAAUUGGAUUAUAGAACUCUUUUGAUUAGUCACAUAGUGAAUGAUAUUAUACAUGAGUAUAAAGGAGAAAGAAAAUGAAUAGAAUUAUAGUAGCAUGUAAAAAAUCAUGUUGGCAUA